UAGCUUUCAGUUCUAGUGGAACCACCGGUUUGGCCAGCCGCACUCAUAAAUCGAGCGGAGUACCGUUUCCAGACCCCUGAAUAACGUCCUGUGUGCAGUGUUAUUGUGUUCUUCUCAACUUUACCUAAUAACACAGAUCUAGAUCCCACUCCUUUGACCGAGCAACAUGUCCCUAGUGCGUUUGAUUGGUGCCGAGGCACGUCUCUUGGCAAAGCGAUCCUAUUCAUCCGCUGCUGUACCCACAACAAAACUAUUCAUCGAUGGCAAAUUCGUCGAGUCGAAGACCACCGAAUGGAUUGAUGUACACAAUCCUGCUACCAAUCAGGUGGUGACACGUGUGCCAAAGGCCACACAGGACGAGAUGCGCACUGCGCUCGAGUCGAACAAGAAGGCCUUCAAAUCAUGGAGCAACCAGUCCAUUGUGUCGCGUCAGCAAGUCAUGUUCAAGCUACAGGCACUCAUCAAGGCGAACAUGGGCGAGCUUGCCAAGAAUAUCACCCAGGAGCAGGGCAAAACCCUAGUCGAUGCGGAGGGUGAUGUGCUCCGUGGCUUGCAGGUUGUCGAGCAUUGCUGUAGCAUUCCUUCACUCCAGAUGGGUGAGACGGUUGCCAACGUGGCACGCGACAUGGAUACCUACUCGCUGGUGGUACCACUUGGUGUCACCGCUGGCGUUGCGCCCUUCAACUUCCCCGCCAUGAUCCCACUCUGGAUGUUCCCCGUGGCCAUCACCACCGGCAACACCAUGCUGCUGAAGCCUUCGGAGCGCGUGCCCGGCGUCACCAUGAUGCUGAUGGAGCUUCUGAACGAGGCUGGCUGCCCACCAGGCGUAGUCAAUAUCAUCCAUGGCCAGCAUGAUGCUGUCAACUUCAUCUGCGAUGCCCCUGAGAUCAAAGCCGUCUCCUUUGUAGGUUCCGACACGGCCGGUAAGUACAUCUACGAGCGCGCCGGCAAGAACGGUAAGCGCGUGCAGAGCAACAUGGGUGCCAAGAACCACGGUGUGGUGCUCAGCGAUGCCAACAAGGAGAACACUUUGAACCAGCUUGCUGGUGCUGCAUUCGGUGCUGCUGGCCAGCGCUGUAUGGCGCUCUCCACAGCCGUGUUUGUGGGUGAGGCACAGAAAUGGAUUCCCGACCUGGUCGAACGCGCCAAGAAGUUGAAGGUAAAUGCCGGCCAUGUGCCCGGCACUGAUGUUGGUCCCGUCAUUAGCGCCGCCUCACGUCAACGCAUCAACGACUUGAUCGAGUCGGGCGUCCAGGAGGGCGCGAAACUCAUUCUUGACGGUCGUCAAAUAACUGUUCCCGGCUAUGAGGAUGGCUACUUUGUCGGCCCCACCAUUCUGACCGAUGUGACGCCCAGCAUGAAGUGCUACACAGAGGAAAUCUUUGGCCCCGUGCUGGUCAUCCUUAAUGCCGACACCCUGGACGAUGCGAUUUCCAUUGUCAAUGCGAAUCCCUAUGGCAACGGCACCGCUGUUUUCACCACUAAUGGUGCUGCGGCCCGCAAGUUCGUCAACGAAAUCGACGCCGGCCAAGUGGGCGUCAAUGUGCCCAUUCCCGUCCCUCUGCCCAUGUUCUCGUUCACCGGCACCCGCGGCUCCUUCCGUGGUGAUCACCACUUCUACGGCAAGCAGGGCGUCAAGUUCUACACACAGACCAAGACCAUCACGCAACUGUGGCGCGAGACUGAUGUCACCCACACACAGGCGGCUGUCGCCAUGCCCACCAUGAAGUAGAAGUAGAGCAUGUAGUUUUGAAGACGCAUGGGGCCACCGUAUAGGCGUGGCUCACAAACCUAGAUACAAAGAAAUUAUUGCAUUUAUUUUUGUGCCUGUUUAUAGAAUUAAGCUGAACGUGUAAAAAGAUUUAACAAUAAACUGUUUACUGUUUAAAGAA